AUGAAUGCCUAUGCUGUAAUCUGUGCCAUAAUUACAAGUGUCUAUGCGCCGCGAGUAAUUUGGUUUUUCAAUGUUGAGGAUGGCUCUUACCUUGCGGAGCUGCUUCUUUCGAAGGGUUACGAGGUGCACGGGAUAAUUCGUCGCUCGUCCUCCUUCAACACGGCGCGUAUCGAACACCUCUACUCAAAUCCGGUCUCUCACCGCGGCGACUCCAGUUUCACCCUUCACUAUGGGGACAUGACAGACUCCUCGUGCCUCAUCAAAUUGGUCAGUGAGAUCCAGCCAACAGAAGUGUACCACCUGGCUGCUCAAAGCCAUGUUAAGAAACAGCAGCAACGACAGUUGCAGGUGUCUUUCGACUUGCCCGAAUAUACAGCUGAAGUAGAUGCGGUUGGAACGUUGCGCUUAUUAGUCGCUAUUCACGCAUGUGGUUUGACCGAGAAAGUGAAAUUUUAUCAAGCAUCCACAUCGGAGCUGUUCGGAAAGGUGCAGGAAGUACCUCAGAAGGAAACUACGCCUUUUUAUCCUCGUUCACCUUACGGUAUAUUUUUCUGA